AUGGCUGACAAUUCAGCUAGUGGUCUGAAAAGACCUCAUCCUGAGGAUGACGGAAUCGGUACUCAAAAACGGACCCGAUCGAACAAUGGAUCUCCUGCGCCGGGCCAGGGAGCUUCGGUGUCUGCCAAGCCCGACAUUGAAAAGAUGGUCGCUGAGGCUCGAGCGAGGGCUGAAGCUGUUCGCGCUCGUCUACAAGCCAGUCGGGGUGGCGCAUCGCUCGCAGCGCCCCCCUCAGCGUCAAGUCCCAGUCCACCUCCACCACCACCAUCAAUGAGCCCUGCGAUGUCCAAAUUGGAACAGAUGAAAGCAAGAGUAGCAGCUGCUACUAGUCGGGCUAGCGCAGCAUCAGCUCAGCAACGAACUGCCGCUCCAACUCCGUCCUAUCAGCCUCCAGUACGAGAUGACGAAGGUCUCUCAAAAGCUCGCGGUGGCCUGGAUGUUGGUCUACAUCCAGCUCUUCUCGCAGACACCACACCCAGCUUCCGCAGUGCCAGGGAUCGGCAGCAGCAGAAGACAAAUCAUCGACGGUUGGACCCAAGCAAGCAGCUCGAUCUGUCCGGCCCGUCCGUUGAGGAAAUCAAGAACCAACCAUAUUUCGAUCCAAGUCUCGGUCCCAAAGCAACAGUCGCCAAGCCUCGGCACUCGAGGCAGUUGAUUUUCAAUGAGAAGGGGAAAUACAUACAGCAAGCUGCGGCACUUCGCCGGCAGGCACAGCUUGAGGCCAUGAAGAAGCGCAUUGCAGAGAAAGCUAGACAAGCUGGUCUUGAUGAGGAAAUCGAUCUCGAAAAAGCUUACAUGGUACCAGCGCCACCGGCAGUUGAAUGGUGGGACGAAGGUCUCAUCAAUGGUACCGAGUAUUCGGUCAUUGAUGACGCAGCAAAUUUGAAGAUCGAUACUGCCGACUCAAUUAUCACUCGCUACGUUCAACAUCCGAUUCUUUUGGAACCGCCUCAGGAGAAACAUAUGCCCGCUCAAAAGCCAAUGCAUUUGACACCGAAGGAACAAGCAAAGAUUCGUCGUCAGCGUCGCAUGGCAGACUUGAAGGAGCAGCAAGCGAAGAUUCGACUCGGUUUGGAACCGGCUCCAGCUCCCAAGGUCAAGAAAUCCAACCUCAUGAGGGUGCUUGGUGAACAAGCGGUUAAAGACCCUACAGCCGUUGAAGCUCGCGUCAACAGAGAAAUUGCGGAACGUAAAGAAGCGCACGAGAUGAUGAACGAGGAGCGCAAGCUCACCAAGGAACAGCGGCGUGAAAAACUAGCUGCACAGCAAGAGAAGGACGCAGAACUUGGCAUACACGUCUCUGUGUACAGAAUUGACAGUCUGGCCAGUGGUCGAAAUCGAUUCAAAAUCAGCAAAAAUGCCGAGCAAAAUGCCUUGACCGGAAUUUGUGUAAUGCAUCCCAAACUAAACUUGGUCAUCGUGGAAGGCGGCAAGCAUUCUAUCAACAACUACAGAAAACUCAUGCUCAAUCGCAUUGACUGGACUGACAAUCCUGGUCCAAGCACAUCCAGCGGCAAUGACAAAGAUGAAGGGCAUCCAAUCUGGUUGUCUACAGAGGAUGAAAAUGGUGAACCGCGCGAUUUUGGCAACAACACUUGCACACUUCUUUGGGAAGGACAAGCGAAGACCAGAGUUUUCAGGAAAUGGCUUGGCGCAAGAGUCUGCGAGACAGAUUCAGCUGCGAAAGAUGUUUUGACUCGGUCGAAGAUGGAGAACUUUUGGACGCUGGCCAAGAGCGCCAAACCAUCUGAGUUUUAG